GUGGAGGAGGGAGGGGAGGGGAGAUGGGCUUCUCCACGGAGGCUGUUUUGGUGGAGGUGGUGGGGGGUGACUGGGGGAGACCACUGUGGCAGGAGAGAGGGAGGAGAAGAGAGGAGAGACAGAGAGAGAGAGAGAGAGAGAGAGGGAGGGAGGGAGGCUGGUGAAGCCGCGGAUAUUCAUGAAGACGGCAAGUGUUUUUUCUCUCGCCGUGGUGACACACGGCUCGUCUGCAGAGAGAAGGAGACGGGUGAAAGCAAGAAGACAAGGCCCUGCCCAUCUUUCCAUUGAUCUUGAGGCGAUCAAGGGGAUCUACACCAAAGACGGAUUUGAGGAUUCAUCCCAGCAUAUCAGAUCUGGAGUCUGACAUGGGAACUCCUCUCUAUGCAGAAUUUGGAUCCGAUUGAUCAAUCACACGAUGGGAAACUGAUCUGAGACAGAGGAGACUCGGAGCAAAUCUAUCGCCAACCUGGAGCUGGAUUAUUAGAAGGAUAAGGUGCCAAAUUUGGAAAUGUCAGGCCAACAAACCUCCAAGCUGGAUAAGCAUUUUGGGAGACUUGGUGAAAGGUUUUCUUCAGCCGUGACAUCAUGAACUCCAACUGGGAUACCCCUUUGGCUCAUCAGGCCAAAACGAGACAACAUGCAGGCAGAUUCAUUAUCUCCUGGAAACUCGUAGCUCAUGAUAAAAUGGAGUGAAACUUUCAUUUUUAUCUCCUUUCUUCCAAAAUACGUCAGAUCCAAACAAAGGUCAUCGUCCUCAGACUGUACCUGGAGCCUCUGUGGGGCACUCAAAUGCAUUGAUAGCACUUUAGCGUCAGGUUUGGACGCCUGCUUUCCGCCGCCUGAGGACCGAGGUGUGGACAGAGUAAGAGGGGAGGGCUGUCUACUUGCUGAGUCAGCACCAAUGGGGGCCGGUUGUGACCCGGUCUGACCCCGGUUUGGCCUUGCAGUGACCUUUGACCUCUCCGGUCCUGGCUCUCCACCUGCUCUGCUGCCUGGGUUCCGGAACGCUCCGCCCUGGGGCCCAGAACGAGCCAAUCAGGAUGAAGAAGAGCCGCAGCGUGCUGUCUGUGACUGGAGAAGAGGGUAAUGACACAGAUAUAACAGGUGCUGGGGAGAAGGCGGAGUCAUCCCGCUACAGCCGAUCUUACACGUCUGGGGCCACACUGGGGGCUGAGCUACGCAGAGGGAGGAGCAGAAGACUGUCAUCUAGUCUCCAGGUGCCCUGCUGGCUCCGCCCUCGAGACCGAACUCGUUCACCAGAGAUCCUGAACAAUGUGUCCCGUCCAACAACUCUCCCCCUCCGCAUCCCACCGCGCAUCUCCAUCACACAAGCAGACUCUGACAGUUAUGAAACAGAAAAUGGCGUGUCACCGGGUCACACCCCGCUGGGUUCUCAGAGUCCAGGCCUCACAUUGCACACCUCCUUCCCCCAGGGCCAGAGGAGAGAGUCCUUCCUCUAUCGGUCUGACUCAGACUACGACAUGUCACCCAAGACGGUCUCACGUAACUCAUCCCUGGCCAGCGAAGGGCACACAGGAGAGGACUUCAUUGUCACACCUUUUGCUCAAGUUCUGGCAAGUCUGCGAUCAGUACGGAGCAACUUCACCGUUCUUGCCAACGUCUCCACACCAACAGUCAAGAGGUCUCCUCUGGGUGGGGUAUGUGUCAGUCCCAGGGCGUCACUUUCAGACCAGCAGUACCAGCAGCUCGCCCUGGACACACUGGAGGAGCUGGACUGGUGUUUGGACCAGCUGGAGACCAUUCAGACGCAUCGCUCUGUCAGUGAGAUGGCCUCUAAUAAGUUUAAGAGGAUGCUGAACCGGGAGCUGUCCCACCUGUCGGAGAUGAGUCGCUCUGGUAACCAGGUGUCUGAAUACAUCUCCAGCACCUUCAUGGACAAGCAGAACGAGGUGGAGAUCCCGUCUCCGACCCUGAAAGACAAACCGAUGAGUCACAUCAGCGGAGUGAGGAAACUGUCUCACAGCUCCAGCCUCUCCAGCACUUCCAUGCCUCGCUUCGGUGUCAACACAGACCACGAGGAUGAGCUAGCCAAGGAAUUGGAGGAUCUAGAUAAGUGGAGUUUUAACAUAUUCAGAGUAGCCGAAUUCUCCAACAACAGACCUCUCAGCUGCAUCAUGUAUGCCAUCUUCCAGGAGCGAGAGCUGUUGAAGACGUUUCGGAUCCCAGUCGACACCUUUGUCACUUAUGUGAUGACCCUUGAGGACCAUUACCAUGGAAAUGUAGCGUACCACAACAGCCUCCAUGCUGCCGAUGUCACCCAGUCCACACACGUCCUCCUCUCAACCCCUGCUCUUGAUGCCGUCUUCACAGACCUGGAGGUCCUCGCUGCUCUGUUUGCUGCAGCUAUCCACGAUGUAGACCACCCAGGAGUCUCCAACCAGUUUCUUAUCAACACAAACUCAGAGCUGGCCCUCAUGUACAAUGAUGAGUCGGUUUUGGAGAACCAUCACCUCGCUGUGGGCUUCAAGCUUCUGCACCAGGAGAACUGUGACAUCUUCCAGAACCUCACCAAGAGACAGCGCCAGAGCCUUCGCAAGCUCGUCAUCGAUAUGGUGUUGGCCACAGACAUGUCCAAACAUAUGACCCUGCUAGCUGACCUCAAGACCAUGGUGGAGACCAAAAAGGUGACCAGCUCAGGUGUGCUGCUUCUGGACCAUUACACAGAACGAAUACAGGUGCUGAGGAACAUGGUGCACUGUGCAGACCUGAGCAACCCCACCAAGCAGCUGCUGUUAUACCGACAGUGGACAGAGAGGAUCAUGGAGGAGUUCUUCAGACAGGGAGACAAAGAGCGAGAGAGAGGGAUGGAGAUCAGCGCCAUGUGUGACAAACACACAGCUUCUGUGGAGAAGAGUCAGGUGGGUUUUAUCGACUACAUCGUCCAUCCUCUGUGGGAGACGUGGGCCGACCUCGUCCACCCGGACGCCCAGGAGCUGCUGGACACGCUGGAGGAGAACAGAGAGUGGUAUCUGAACACCAUGCCCCAGUCCCCCUCGCCUCCCCCGGACAGACACCUGCAGCACGACCGCUUCCAGUUUGAGCUCACCCUGGAGGACCUCGAACACAACAACCACAACCACAUACAUCUGAGGAGCGGCAACUCGACGGACGGCAUGAAAGAUAUCUGCGACGACGAAGAUGACGACGAAACUGAAGAGGGAACAAAAGAAGACAAAGAAGAGGAAAGAGAGGAGGAGCAGAACCAUGUAGAAAAUGAGACAGAAGACGAGGAGAAUCACAACAGUGAACAGAAUGGAGUGGAAGAUGAGGAGGAGAGUGGAGAAAAAGAGGGAGAAGAAGAGGGUGAGGAGGGCAAGGAGAAUGCAGAGGAGGAAGAACAAGUAGAAGAAGAUGACGCAGAGAAAGGAGAGGAGGAGAAUGAUGCAGUGGAGGAUGAGGAGACAAAAGAAGAGCAGACAGAGGAGGAAGAAAACCAGGAUGGAGAACAAGAGCAGGAGGAGGGUGAAGGUGCUGAAAAUGAGGAGGCAAAGGAGGAGGAAGAUGAAGAACAGGAAAAGGUAGAGGAGAUAGUAGAAGAAGAUGAAAACAAGGAGGGAGAGGAAGAGGAGGCAGCAGAGACAGAGGAUAAUGUAGAAGAGGAGGAAGUGGAGGCAGAAAUGGAGGACAUAGCUGAGGAAGAGGAGGUAGGAGAAACAGAAGAUGCUGGAGAGGAGGAAGAGAAAGAAGAAGUGGAAGAAGCAGAAGAGGAGGUGCCUGCUGAGGAUGAAGCUGCAGACGAGGGUGCAGAAGAAGAAGAACAAGAAGAAGAAGAAGAGGAAAGUUAGUCUGAAAUAAAAACAGGAAUUAUCAGGGUCAGGGAGGAAAAAAUAAGAAGAACAAAAAUGGAGACAGAAAAGCUUUGAAAGUUUGUACGCCUGUCACGGAGGACGAUAAAAAGAACCAGAGAUGCACUUCUUCUUCUUCUAGACUACAAACGUCUCAAACUUCACACUCUGCAGAGGAACACAAGACGGACAGUUCAGCACUGGACACAAAUACAAAAAACUUUGCCGGAGUGUUUCCGCGUCCUAAUCAGCAGGUAGUGACAAAAAGACAAAGAGUCUUCAUCACCAAGUAUCUGUACAUCCAUCACUGCCGUACGGGAAUAAACUAGGGGAUAAAAAAGGAGGGGGAACCUGUUUUAUCGAUCUUUUUGUAGCUCCUGAAAAUCGAAAAAAAAUAUCCUGAAACAUGCAAAUAAGUGCUACCCAUCAUCUCUGUGUCACCGUGUUGUUUAUGACAAACACAAAACAUCGACCAACAACUGUUGGAGGAAACUUCCUCUGUCAGAAAAAAAUGCAAAAAGUCUGGAAAAGUGUAGUUUGUUGUCUUAUAUUUAAUACAAGAACCCUCUGGCGUUCUGGUCUAAGAACACUUUAACCUCCACGCGUACUAACCUUGAAGCAAAAAUGCUGGAUUUCUUGGAAUAGAAAACACUUCUAAGUAAUAUCUGCGGGAGGUGGGAACAUUUUGCAGUCCAGAUCAAGUCGUGGACCCUGUUCUAGUGUCGAUGUCGGUCCAUGUUUGAGAAAAAAAACACAAUAAAUAACACCCAGUAUUCAUCCCAUUUUACUGUUUUCACACCUCUCCCAGAGCGUGACUUUGAUUCCUGGGUGAAUCGUGCCAAACUGUCCCACGACCAGCACUGAGCAGUCCAGCCGCCCUUAAACAAAAGGAGGCCACUUGUUCGUGAAGCAAUGAACUGUGGGACCAGGGUUUAACGGGUGUGAUGGUCUUCCACUAAUUCCAUGAUUUUUUUUUUUGUUUAAUUUUUGUAAAAAAAAAAAGGAAAAAAAAGGUAUUUGGCACUUUAUCUAACACCCCUGUGACAUAUCUGUACAUAAUAAACAUGUAUUUUAAUCUGCUGAUGUCAUAUAAUAAAUAUGAUCAAUG